CAGCUAGCAAAAAGAUACCAGAGCCUCCAAAAAUUCAAGUUGAACUCCUAAGAUCAAAACACGUUAGCAGUAGGCAUUAUCAAAGGGGGAAUAUUCUAACUGCAACAUAUACAAAGAUAUGUGGAUGUGGACAAGAAAAUUUCAAAGGCAUUUUAGAGUGGAUACCAUAUGAGGAGUUUUUGGAUAUUGAAUAUAUCAGAAUUGGUGGAUUUACUAAGGUUUACAAAGCGACAUGGCACAGAGGACAUAUUAAACAUUUGAAUUUAUUAACUGGAGUAGUUCGUUCCGAAUCCGUGAAA